CGCACUGAGCUGAGCUGCCGGCUCCGCCCACCGGCUGUGGUCUCCUCCGCUCUGCUUGAGCUCACAUCAGUCAGGAGGCAACGGUUGGACUGAACGCUUGCUGUGUGGACCGAUCUGAAGGGAAGGAGAAGAAAGGAGAGCUUUUCAAGAUAAUAAACAGCAACAGACCAGAGAGGCCAGAAUGAUGAACAUGUCGAUAGACCCCAUGAACUGCUCCAUUAACAAGUUUAAAGGCCAGGUUUACCCCGUUGCGUACCUAACAAUCUGCGUUGUGGGUUUUUUGAGCAAUGGCCUGUCCUUGAUCAUUUUCCUGAAGUCCUACAAGAAGGGAAGUUCGGUCAACAUUUACAUGCUGAAUUUACUAGUUUCUGACCUGCUGCUCCUGUGCAGUCUUCCUUUCCGUGCAGUUUAUUACCUGAUGGAAUGCACCUGGAUCUUUGGAGACAUGAUGUGUCGGAUUUUGUCUUUUGCUUUGUACGUCAACAUGUACAGCAGCAUUUUCUUCCUCAUGGCACUGAGCAUCAUGCGCUACCUGGCCAUCGUGCACCCAUACAAGUACGUAAAGAUACGAAACUCUGACGGAGCCAAAAUUGUGUGUGCAAUAGUCUGGGUCACCGUGGCGGCCAUGUCUAUUCCGUUUUUGGUUUUUCGCAGCUUGGAGGAUAAAGGAAAAAUCAAAUGUCUUGAGCUCAAUUCUGCAAAUGUGGUGAUGAUUUCAAAGCUCAACUACGUGGUGCUUGUCCCUGGUUUCCUGGUUCCAUUUAUGACAAUUGUCAUCUGCUACUGGUUUGUUGUUAAAAACUUACAGAAGCAUAAAGAGAACCACAAAAAGAGCUUACAUCACCAAAAGUCGAUCGCCUUGGUUAUCAUUGUCACCUGCAUGUUCCUUAUUUGCUUCCUGCCUUACCACAUUAUAAGGACUGUCUUUUUGGAAAUAUAUAAAAGCUACAUAAGUGGAAAUUAUGAUACUUGUGGCCCUCUCAACAAUAUCCAGAAGGCGGCAGUGUUCACACAUUGUUUAGCAGCAUCAAACAGCUGCUUGGACCCUCUGCUUUAUUUGUUUGUGGGUGAGAAUUUCAGGAGUUGGUGGAGAAAACAAAAGCAAUCCGAAGAGUUGGGCAAGAUGAAUUUAAAAGACCAGAACUAAAUUGGAGGACCAAGCGAGGGGCUGAAACUUCUACUUUCAUCUUCAAAAAUGGUGGUUGAGACAAGUUACAUAAUUCAUCAGAUUGGCCAUUUGAUUGCACGUUUGCUUUGAGUUUAUUUUUUUUCUGAACAGUAAACCGAGGCACUAAGAUAAGCCACCUAUAGCCGAAGAGUUUCAGAAUGUGGUGCAAGGCUGAUGAAUGCGGACUGUGGUGUACAUGUCCUCCACAACGUUUGAUCUCAGAUGCAUCUUUGGUCAGAUCUGCAAAGCUGCUAAUCAUAUGAAGAGUCAAGUUAUUUUAUCAGCUUUUACUAGGAAAUAUUGUAGGUGGUUAUAUGUGAAAUGUUGCAAAUAUUUACUUUAAUUGUUUGUCAAAUAUAAUUUUUUUGAAUGA